CCGGAAGUCAAACUAAACCUGGAACCACCACACACACAGAUAUUUGUUGGAUACAGUUUUACUUUGAGAUGUGCCUCUGAAGAAGGUCAUUCUGCUUGGAAAUACAUGCGCUUAAGAGGGCAAAAAGCAGAGUCUCUAUCGUCAUGCUUGAGAGAGACUGAACAAUGCACAAUCAAAAAUGCAGCACAAACUGACAGUGGAGUGUACUGGUGUGAGUCUGGACAGAAGCGCAGUAACUCCAUCACCUUAUUUGUGAGCGGUGGACAUACUGUCUUGCAAGCUCCACCUCAGCCUGUUAUUGAGGGAGAUGCUCUAAUCUUGAAAUGUCGUUAUUGGUGGAGUGGAUAUAAAGCUACUUUUUACAAGGACAAUGCACUGUUCUCAUCCUUAACAAAUGAAGAGCCAACCAUCAACAAUGUAUCCAAAAGGAAUGAAGGGACAUACAAAUGCCAAAUAAAUGGAUAUAAUUCUCCAGAGUUGAUGGUAUCAGUGAGACGCCUCUUCUCCAGAUUGUCUUUAAAAGCAUCCCCUGCACUCAAAGUGCAAGUGGGUCAGAUUUUAAACUUGACUUGUGAGGCUUUAGUGAAUAAAAAGGAGAGAGUGAAGCUGAUGUAUACAUUCAUGAAAGACAACGUGACUGUAACAAACAGUGACUCAGCUGUCCACAGCAUAAUGACUGCUAACCGGAGCCACACUGGAGCCUAUCGGUGUAUUGUACGGUCAGUCACAGGAGUGACGAAGGAGAGUGAAUCAAUUAUCAUCGUCGUAGAAGGUUCCAGUAUGAUGAUUAUUAUGGUUGCUGUUUUCUGCUCAGUAUUUUUUAUACUCCUGGUCAUUUUAAUUGUUACAUUUUAUCACAUUUCCAAGAAAAAAGGUUUGCUGUGUUUUCAAGAUAAAACAAGAAUUUCCACAGAUCAGCACCACGCAUAUCCAGAAUGCAUUGACCUGCCUGGCCAAACACAAGAAGGUCCUCCCACAUCCACUAAAGAUGAUGCGAUAUACACUGAGAUCAGCCCGAGCCCUGAAGACCAGGGUGUUGAUGAUGCCGAUCCAGUAGACGAAGUCUUAUACUCAGACCUUGACUUGAAGACGUUAAAGAAGAAUAAAAAAGAUUGGAACACUUUGGGAAUGAAGAAUGAAGUCAUUUACUCAGAGGUUAACAGUAAAUUUUCAAAAACUUCAACACUAAAGAUGAAAACUGAUCUAAAUGCAUCUGAAAGGUAAGAAGGUAGUAAGACCAAGAAAGGCAGAACUAUGAAGAUACGCAAGCUGUGCAGACUUCGGUUCGGUUGAUUGACAAUCUGGCUAACUAAUGUAAUGGAGAUAUCUAAAUUCUAAUUCCAAUGUUUAUGUUUGUUGUUGGUUGGACAGUUGGACAGAAGCCCACAAAAUGUCUUUUCUUAUUUUACCUGCCUGAAGUAGUUUACAGCUUUUAAAUGCCAGUUUGGAAACCUUGCUGUGAGAAAAGUAUUCCAUUCAUAAUCACAGAUCGUGAGUGAAAAGCCACACUUCAACAAAUGAAGUUUUCAAGAAUUUGCACAAAAUUAUUCACUGCAUUCAGCUCCCUUAUUCUAAGGUCUAUUAAGAGACUGAGCCAAACUGAAGAAAAAAACGAAUCUCAGGCCUUCCAGAGCCUCGGGUUUUGAAUCGACCAUUGACUCGUUGUUUUUUUUACAGUCAGACGCAUCUGGAAUAUCGGUAGCCCCUUCUUGUCAGUUUGAUCGUAUCUUCAUUAGAACCCCCACUUUCUCAGUGUUAUCCUUUAUUACUUUGCUACAUUUUUGUGAUCCUUUUUCUUUGUCAAAAAUACAAUAUAAUCCUGAACUGCUGUUGGGUUGUGGAUGUCAUAUAUUACCUGAAAUAGGAAAACAUCAUCUUUACACAAAGAAAAUCAACACAAGUUUUCUGUAAAAUACGACAAGCCACCUUUGGGUACAACGUUCCUUUUUCAACCAACAAAAUAACAUUUACAUCUUACACGUGUUUCUUCUGCUAUUUCUUGAUUUCCACUUAUUAUGAGGAAAUGUGAUGAAUAUUGAGUAAAAUGGAAUAUCAAAGCGGCAGCAAAUGGUAAUGUUGUUUAAGCAAUGUAGCUGUCAGACCUUGCAUUUAAUUUCUUGGACUGCUUUGAAAAACCCAAUAAAAAAUUUAAAAGGCCGCUCAUACAGUAAAGGGUGUCUAAUCAGUCUGUAACACUACAUUAUCACUGUGAAGGACAGCACGGUAUUUAACGCUUUGCUCAUAUUGCUGCCAACAUGGUGUGAUGGCAAGUGGCACCUGUUAAGAGAUAUUAAUAUUGCUGGUAUUUUGAAAAACAGAUUUGUUUACACUGCGGUGGGCUGGUGCCCUGCCCAGGGUUUGUUUCCUGCCUCGCGCCCUGUGUUGGCUGGGAUUGGCUCCAGCAGACCCCCGUGACCCUGUAGUUAGGAUAUAGCGGUUUGGAUAAUGGAUGGAUGGAUUUGUUUACAAAAGUGAGUGCAUCUUUUUAUACAAUUCAGAUUUAUUCAGAGGUGUCCACAGUGCAAUGAGAUUGUUACGUGUGUGUCUCCCCCAGACCUGUUACAGUAAUAAAAUAGUAAUUAAUAAAUUGAAUACAACAUCAGGCGACACACACAAGCAACACUCAUGCAGUUGUCAUCAGAAAGGGUUUGCGCUUUACAGCCUCUACAAAAAGCCUUUGUAUUCAUGGUUACGUUUAUGGAUAUUUCAAUUUUACCUGUUGUUGGAUUUCACUAUUUCUAUGUGCUUUGGAAUAUUCAUUUCUGAUUUACUUGCCUCUCUGUAUUUUUGAUCUCAUCCCUUUUAUGUAUCUUUACAAUUAACACAGUAUAAUACCAUAUUUUUCUUUAGGCACUGGUUCAACCACCACUUUAAUCAUGGAUUAAACUUAAAUGCACUGUAAUACUGUUGUGAAUUGUUAAUGUUUUAUCCAGUUUUGGAGAGAAUUUUAUUGGAGCACUAGGCACUUAUUAUUGAUUCAUUUUUGAUAUUCAUUUUUAGUUUUGUUUUUAUUUUCUUGUAGUUAAAAAACAUUUUCAACUUCUGUGAUGCCAUUUUGUUGUUCUGUGGGCUCUGCAGUUUUCCAAAAAUCUGGCUAUGGAAAACCAGCUUUAAAGUGUGCUGUUCACGAUGUCACUGUCACGAUGCCAUGCACUGCCUGGUCAUAUAAAAAAGCAGAUACUUUUCUGUUUUUUUG